AUCGCGAGAAGGGAUUAGCUCCUUACUGGCUUCCGGUUGGCUGUUGCUGUUGAAGACGACCGUUUUGUUGUUUGUGUGUGGAGCAGUCAUUUUGGGAAAUAAUUGAGUUAGGACCUGAAUGUUUACUGUAUUUAUCGGUCAAAUAUAACCACACAAAGAUGUCAGACGACCUGGUGAAACAACUGAGCAGCUACAAAGCCCAGCUACAACAAGUGGAAGCUGCCUUAUCCACCGACACAGAAAACGAAGACCUUCUGAAACUACAGAAAGAUUUACAGGAAGUCAUCGAGUUGACGAAAGACCUCCUGAACUCUCAGCCCUCCGAUGGUGCUUCUAAUGCUAACAGCUCAGAUGCAGCUCCUCUGAAGCACAACUGGAAAGUGGGGGACAGUUGUAUGGCUGUGUGGAGCCAGGAUGGACAGUUGUAUGAGGCUGAAAUUGAGGAGAUAGACGGAGAGAACGGGACAGCAGCCAUUACCUUCAGUGGUUACGGAAAUGCUGAGGUGCUCCCGCUGCAGAACCUCAAACAGGUGGAAGAGGGGAAACGUCGGGAUGACGAUGGAAUUGGAAAGCCAAAAUCCAGGAAAGAGCAGAUAGCAGAGCAGAGGGAGUACAAGAAGAAGAAAGCCCAGAAGAAGGUGCAAAGGAUGAAGGAGUUGGAGCAGGAGAGGGAAGACCAAAAGUCAAAGUGGCAACAGUUUAACAACAAAGCCUACUCAAAGAACAAGAAAGGACAGGUGAAGAGGAGCAUAUUUGCAUCUCCAGAGAGUGUAAAUGGGAAGGUGGGAGUGGGAACAUGUGGUAUUGCAGACAAGCCUAUGACCCAGUACAACGACACAUCAAAAUACAAUGUCAGACAUCUAAUGCCACAAUGACCUGAUAUACCCUGUAAAUAACCCUGCUGUAUACUAUAUGUAACAGUGCUUUCCAUUGUGUUUAUACAUGAAUUAAAGGAUAAUUCUCAGAUUUUUCAACUUGUGCCCAAUUUUCCCACCUUUUGAUGUCCAAAUUACUGAUGGGGACAGAAAUUUUUGAUUUUUGAUUUUUUUUUUUUUUUAAUCCCUAUUAGUCAUUUGGAUUCCAAAAGGUGGAAAGAUAUGACCCAGGUGGAAAAAUACCAGAAUUAUCUUUAAAGUUUCUAAAGUAAACAAGCUUUGAAAGUAAACGCUUGCACACCAUUGGUUGAAUUAUUGAUGUAGUUUUCUUAUAUAGUAUGUAGUAGAAAAACGAAAUUCCAAACAGAAGAUAUUUUCCCUGCAGUGGAACCAGGGCACCUGUUAUGUAACAGGAAAUGGUGUUUUGGAUAGUUAUAGGUUAAGACGUAUGUAUUUGGAUGCCAUGGAAACCAAAUACUUGCAAAAAUUUGUACAACUAUACAAAAUUAUCCUGUUUGUGUUUAAAUUUGAGUCAAGAUUUUGCAGGCUGACUUGGAUUUUAAAUGUUGACCAGUUCUUUUGAUGUCUGUGUAGUAAUAAUGGUGAUUUAAAAGCAGAUAUCAAAAGGCUGAAUUUACAUUUCAUUUUGUAUAUAUAGCAGUGAAAUAAAUGUCAGUUUUGUUUUCAGAUUU